AAUUCUUAUAAGUCCCAAUUUUUGAACAUCGAAAGUGCUUUAAUUAAGUAGCGUCGUCAAUUGAUCUUGUGUUUUAUGAGAAGAACAGAUCAGACAUAAAACAAUGGCAGGAACUGGUAUUGCGUCAACAGGGAUCGUUCUUGAAGCACUGAGAAAAGAUAAUUACGAGAAUUGGAGCGCUCUGGUGGAGAACUAUCUUGUAGGGCAAGGCCUCUGGCAUGGAAUUGUUGAGGCUGAUCCAAAAAAACCAGAUCACAAUAGUGAAAAAGAUGACGAGUGGAGACUGAAGAACGCAAAGGCUUUACACGCCAUUCAACUGGCGUGUGGGUCAGAGAAUCUGUCGAAAAUAAGAACAUUCAAGAAAGCCAGAGAAGCAUGGAAUCACUUGAAGAUCUCCUUCAGCGAGGACGUUAGAGCGUUCCCAGAUAUCGAGCAAGGACACGGCGGUAGUGAAGCAUCUUAUUAUGAUCUCCACGAUAACGUGAUGAGAGGCCAGUGGGAUGAAGCGAAAUCUUCAAUCAACAGUAACCCUGAUGAUAUUUUCGAAAUUGCAUCCUCUACGGGGAGGACGGUACUUCACAUUGCAGUGGCUUCAGGACAAGAGGAGAUUGCAAAGGAGUUGGUUAGCAUGGGGAACAAACGGUUGCUGAAGAUGCAAGACAAAAAUGGAUACACGGUUCUUGCUCUUGCUGCUAAAUUAACCGACAAUGUAGACAUGGCAGAGAGGAUGGUUCGUAAAGGAGGAAAGGAGCUGCUAACCAUCCAAAUCAAAGCCGGUGAUGACGACGGCAAAACUAGUACUGAUCCUAAAAAUGAUACAAACGGGGAUGCUGAAUCAACCGAUAACAAGACUACUACUGAUGAGGAUGGUGAAGAAGGUGAAACAAACGAGAAAAAGGGGGAGGAUGGCGACGACGAUGGUAAUAAAGAAAAUGAUCAGAAAAUGGAGGGGGAUGGGGUUGAGGAUGAGGAUGUUAACAAAGGCAGAGGGGAGAUUCCGGUACUUUUAGCAUCAGCGAGUGGUCACAAAAAGAUGACUAGGUAUCUCUUCUCCCAAACUCCCAUUGACGUUCUCUUCGAUAACGGUUGCCACUACUGCCUUAUGCUUCUCAAACGAUGCAUCUCUGCUGAAAUAUUUGCAACGAAGCCACAGGCACACAUGGUCCUUAAUGACAAAAGAAUCAAGAUCCUAUUAUAUGCUGAACCAGAAGACGAGAACUCAUUUUCAAAUAGCUGGGCAGAUUUUAUUGCAACUCACCCUUUGGGCAGAAUCUUCAGGGCAAUUUCAGUCUUAUUGCUCGUAAAACAAUUAAGCGCACUUCUUGAACAAGUUAAACACGUCGCUCAAACUAUAAUACUUCGAAAGCUUCCUGGAAGUGAGAAAAUAUACGAUAUGAAAAAGGACCAUCAUUUAGUACUUGAGAUUCUUAGAUGCCUGAGCAUGAGAAUAUCAGAUUUAAGUGAAGCAAGGAUACAUGAGUGUUCAGCUUACGACACAAUGUUACAGGCAGCUAAGUCUGGAAUUAUUGAGAUCAUUAAAUCAAUGAGGCAUGCAAACCCUAAUCUUCUAUGGGCCAUGGACAAAAACAGAAGAGAUAUAUUUUCUCAUGCGAUUUUGAAUCGUCAAGAGAAGGUGUUCAGACUCAUUCAUGAAAUUGGGGGGCGAAGAGAAAUGUUUGCAUCCCGUUUAGAUGUGUUUAACAAUAACAUGUUGCACUUGGCAGCCGAGUUAGGUCCUUCUUCUGACUUAGGCAGUAGAUCCAAUGCUGCUCUUCAAAUGCAAAGAGAACUCCAUUGGUAUAUGGCGGUGGCGGAAAUAGUGCCUCCCAAGUGCAAAGAAGCAAAAAAUGCUGACGGCAAGAAGCCCCGUGAAGUAUUUACCAAAAAUCAUGAGGAUCUGUUGAAAUCUGGAGAAAAAUGGGCAAGAGAUACGGCAGGUUCUUUCACACUUGUGGGCACUCUCAUUAUCACCAUCAUGUUUGCCGCAGCCUUCACUGUCCCGGGAGGAAAUGACCAAAAUACCGGCAUACCAAUUUUCUUAAAAAAAAGCACUUUUAUUUUUAAUAUCUUCAUUUUAGCUGAUGCAGUAUCUCUCAUUACUUCCUCUUCUUCUGUCUUAAUCUUUAUUGGAAUCCUUACAUCGCGUUAUGCCGAAAAAGAUUUUCUCAGAAGCUUGCCCCUCAAGUUGCUGUUUGGCCUUAUCACUCUCUUCUUUUCCGUUGCAUCCAUGAUGAUAGCUUUUGUUUCCGCACUUUCUAUGAUGCUCAAGGGAUACCGUGGUGUUGUGAUUGCAGCCAUGUCACUUGCCAUUAUUCCAGUAUUGGUUCUUAUUCCUACAUUGUUGACUCUCUCGUUAGAGAUUUUGAAAUCCACCUUGAAACCUAAUUUGCUCACGGCUAUGCAGAAGAAGAAGAAGAGUCCACCCUAAUUAAUAAUAUUAUUAUCGUUCAUUGUCCCCAACCCCCCUCCCCAUCCCCCCCCAAAACCCCGGCUGGGAAAAUAUUAUUGGUGUACACUA